AUGAAGAUGUCCUAUUACUACACUAUGCUGCUGUUGAUUAUUGUAUGUGUUUCAACAAGCCCCAAUGGAAUUUGUCGGGCUGAUCCGACAGAAGGAUUUACUACUCUGCCAUUAAACGAUGAUAAUAUAAAGCUGCAGAAACCAUACAACGAACCACUUGAUGAUCGUUACAGUUUUGAUGAUGGAGUUCGUAAAUUUUGGCACUACUACACAUGGGAUCCAAAAGUUUCCACUGAGCAGGAGGCAAGGGCUUAUAUACGCGGACACAUGCGCAAUAACCUGCGUCAUACAGUUGGUGAUGAUAAGGAAAGAGCUGAUGAGUGGAUUUCUACUCAUGGAGGGACUUAUGCAAAUUAUAGGCCUCCUUAUGUGAAACCCGGUGUGGUCCAGAAGGCUGCCUGA